AUGGACGAUUACGGAGGAUGUCCAGACGGGGAGUCUUCGGAGGCUUCGCAUCUAGCCGACCUACCAAGGGUGAUUGGAAUUGCAGAGACAGGAGAUAUAGUCCUUGAUUGUGUGUUCGAAAACUCCAAGACCACAUUAAAAACUGCCAGGAAGAUCACACCCCAAUUUGCAGGACAAGCUGCCCCCAAGGCGUUGAAGCUGAGGACACGGGUUGGGUUCCGUGUUAGUAUAAAUGUGUUGAAGGAACACUCAAAAUACUUUAAUAGACUUCUCGGAGACCUACGUUUCAAAGAAGCUAAGGCCAUUGAGGCAGCGUUCGCUGCGCUUUCUUUCAGGAAUGUUAAUCCAGCAUCGGCUCAUGCUGGAGACCUCCCCUGGGUUAGGAUUGUGGACGACGACGAGGCGACCCGACUGGCUCACCGCGAGGAAGCGUUUGGUGACAUGUUGAGGGUUUUACAUGGCAAAGAGGCCGCAACCGAAGCGCCGACUCUGGAUUUCAUUACCACGUUAGCAGUGCUUGCAGAUCGCUUCGAUUGUGCUGCGCCAGUUUCCAAGAUCAUGGCAUCAGGCUUCAAAUUCAAAUGGCCAAUUACUCAACGAAAAGGAGUAGCGGGCGAGGAUCCCAAGAUGAGUCGCAACAUCGAGAACACCUUGCGCGAAAAAGUCUUGGUGUCGUGGCUCUUGAAUCAGCCUACGCGAUUCCAAGCUUCUACGAAAGAACUGAUCAUGAAUGGUUCGAAGAACUGGAGUGCAUUUCCCGAGCAAGAUGAGGGAAAAGAGGAAGCCACUUGGUGGCAUCUGCAGGACGGGAUCGAGGAAGAGCUUCAGUUUCGGCGAGAUUGUAUAUUGAAUACUAUUGCCUCAAUUCCACGUCACUUCGUCGACCUUUAUAUCUCUCGGACGCGACAGUGUAAGCUUGGCUACGACUCGAGCGCCGCCUGUGACUCUUACCAGCUCGGGGAGAUCAUCAAGUUUUUGACUAGCAAGAACUUAUUCUUUUUGGUGGACUUUUCUCCCAAUUCGUUGAAUUCGAUUGCAGACACUUCUCUGCUCCAAGUUGACAGCCUGAUAGCAACUUUGAGGCAGUGUCCAGGUUAUCAAAUUGACAAAUAUCAUAUGAAUUGCGGUUUGCGAACUCGGAUGCUACCAAUCCUGGAUUUUAUUCAGGCUUUGCUCUCUGCGAGUUCACUGCCUCUUAGUCGGCUGCCAUGGAAGAACGACAGGAAGAAAAUAGCUUGGCUACCCCGAGAAGAGGAGGAAGCAGAUGUUGAUACUUCUAGCAAGUCCUUCAAAUUCACUAGAGCUUUGUCAAAUGAUCAAAGGUUGCGGUUUGAGCACACAAUGGGAGCUGAGAAAUUUGCAAGGGAUAUAUUCACCGCGUCAAGCUGGAACUGGAGUACAGAAGACUAG